GAUGACUUCCGGCGGGGCAUCUCGGCGGGGCUUCUCUCAGCGCAGUCGUCGCCAUGGCGGGCAGGGGCCCGGUGUGCUACGCGCUGCUGUGCGGGCAAGCGGCGCUGCUGCUGGGCAACCUGCUCCUGCUCCAGGGGGUCUCCCGGAGCCACCAGCACAACGCCACAGACAGCCCUGCCGCCAACCAGGGCGAAGAGCAGGCGCCGGGUCCGCCCGCCGCCGGCUUCUGGGAGUCCCAAGGCCCUUACGCACCGCUCGUCCCCUGCUACUAUCUGCCAGAGGAGUUCAUUGAGUGCGAAGAUCUUGUGGAUCAUAGUGGAAACACGAGUGCACGGGAUGAGUUGACCUAUGGAUGUCUUAAGUUUGGUGGCCAAGCGUAUAGUGACGUAAGCCACACUCGGGUUCGCUGCAAGGCAUUGGAUGGCAUUGAGUGUGCAGGCGAAAGGACCUUCCUACGUGGGAAUAAGCCAUGCAUAAAGUACACCGGGCACUACUUUAUCACGACUCUGCUCUACUCCUUCUUCCUGGGCUGCUUCGGGGUGGAUCGUUUCUGCCUGGGGCACACCGGCACGGCGGUGGGGAAACUGCUCACGCUGGGGGGACUUGGCAUCUGGUGGUUUGUGGACUUAAUUCUCCUCAUCACUGGCGGGUUGAUGCCCAGUGACGGAAGCAACUGGUGUACUAUUUACUGAGAAACUGCAAGCCCAUGGAUCUGAUUGGACCCAAACCAAAGAGGAAAAUGAGAGUGGAAUCUCAACUCAACAUUACCGGAGACCUAAUAUGCCUGAACACUGUCCAGAGACUACACUGCUUGUCCGACACUGGAAUUAGGUCCUCCUAGAAUGGAAUGAACAUGGAACGCUAAACGUUCUUCUGGUGUACAUACCUUGUUGCUGAUCAGAAUGGAAGCGUUACUUUUCCCGACUGCCUGGGACCUGCUCAGUGGAUUUGCCACUGUAUUGCAAGUAUUACUUUCCUAUCUGCCCUUGAACACUUCUGUGCCACUCUCGGAGGCACCAAUGUAGUAUCUGGUCUAGACCCCUCUUAGUCCUAAUUCUGACUGCUGUGUAUUCUAGAAGAGAGCUUCAGAACAUGUGUGUGUAGCCAGUAGCAGCUGGAGAUAACUAGAGAGAGUGGCAUGCUACUUAGGGGUAACAUUGCGAAACGUGGUCUUUUAUUUAUUUAGCUCAGAUUAAUACUUUUUUCUUAGGCACAUACGUGCUGAAGGUCAGUGUUUGCUGGAACGAAACCCUGCCCCAUUCCAAGAUCAUUGCGUGUGACUCUCCCCACCCGCCGGUUGCCCCUGCAAAGCCAGUGUGUGAAGACUGCCCUCUCUCCUGGGUUCUUUGCAGUUCAUAAGGAACCUGGGGAAGAGGUGCUCCCCACCGGCAGGCUAGUGAGGGUGGAUGGGGAGCCCCAUUCAUAACAGGGGAGAGGCAACUGAGAAUACCCUAUUAUGCAUCACUUGGCAUAUGGAUGCAGUCGAUAGGGCCCCUUUCCCAGAUUCUGCUAAUUUAUAGCGUGAUGGGACCUAGGAGGACAGCCAGCUUUCACCUGUGGCAGGCCUAAAUUGUUUUAAGGUCAAAGAAUGUGUUUGCAAAGCCAGAGGAACCAAGCAUCUCUCCUCCCCACAGCAAGGCCAAUGCUUCUAUUCCGAACCCACUGCUUCUAGGAGCUGUGGAGUACUCCUGUACUGCUUCUGAUGGGAACUGUAGUUUAACAGCUGCUUCUGAUGGGAACUGUAGUUUAACAGCUACUCGAGGGCCAGGUUUGCUCAUCCCUGGUCUAAGCCAAAUUGGUGCUGCUAAUAAAGGUUAAAAAAAUAAAGCAGCAGGUCUCUUUGGGCUGUGUUUGGCUCAACAGACCCUAUGAGCCUCUAGACUCCAGUAAGCAUCAGGGGCGGUAUGAUCCAAGAGAUCUGUGUACACACUAAGACUUGCCCGUUUGUGGGUAGGAGCAUGGUUGGCUUAUUGCUGGCUAGCGUACAAGGGGAGGGUCAGAGAUACUGGUCGGAAGACUUGGAGGAUGCAAGUUUUCCAGAGAUGGAACUCAAAACGUAUCCCUAAUUUGCAUUAUAACCAAACCCAUUUGGCAGGUGCAUUCUUUAAAACUGCUGCAUGUAAAUAAAGUCGGGAAGCUUACACAAAAUAUGUACAAGUGGACCUCGUUAUUUGUGGGGGUUCCAGUCCUCGCUUCCGACCCUAAUAACCAAACCGUGAAUAAUGAAGCAUUGCGUCUAUGGGGAGUAGGGGGUGAGGUUCCAGAGCCUGGAAAAAGAGCAAAAAACCCCAAAACAGAAAUGCGGAUGGAGCCCAGCACUGUACCGUGGCCGCCUCAGGUCUAACGCUCUCCCACUUUCUAGCUCCUCCAGUGAUGCAAACAGUACUGUAAUCAUGAAGCUUCCUUACUCCACAGUUGAGGUUCAGCACUUACCGUAGCAGCACAAACUCCGGGCCUGAUUGGUUAGAAGUUGCCCAGAGAGGCAUCACAGGAUUGGAGCCAGUUCAAAGGAACACACAUGGGAGUUCUUUCGCCCCCCAGUGUUCAAGUUUGAGGUCAAAACUGCAGAUCUGCGAAAAACCCUACUGUGAAUACCGAAUCUGAUGCUUAUUUUUAAACCGUGGAGACACGAAACUGUGAAUACUGAAACUGCAAACGAGGUCCGCCUGUACCCACUUUAAUCUUAUGAUGGAAAAGUUAAAACUUUCUUCUUCAGAAUAUCUGGAAGUGGCAUGAAGGACGAUGCUGAUAGCUUGUUGGUCCUUUAGGGUCGGUCAUGUAGUUGGUCCCUCUAAUUUUUUUCAUCGCUGUGUGGAACAAGUUUUGUUCUCGGCGGCAGUAUCAAGGCAGUGUGUGCGUGCAUGAGCAUUCAGAGUGGGGCCUUCCAGAUCCAACCUGAGCGGGAUCUAAAAUGAACUGAGUGGACAUCCAAAAACUUGUGAGCACGUGCGCACACCUUAGAGGGAACAGUGUAGUUGGUGCUAAAAGGGGUUACAAGCACUCUAGGGGAGCUCCACUUCCGCGAGUGGAUUCAUACAACCCACUGCGAGUACGUACAAGACAUGAUGAUGUUCCAGGCAGCAUGCACUACUGAAGGCAGGCAGCAGUGGGAACCAGACAUUCUCUACCCAACAUUUCCAGGUUUUGAUAAGGAAAUGGCCACAAGCAUCACCUUUUUGUAGAAGCGCACACUCCCUGCGAACCUCUAGUUCCUUCCUAAUUACAUGUAGCAGGGCGUGUGACCCCCCCCCCCUUUAGGUUGCCUUUGCUUGAUGGUGUAGGGAAAAUAAUCCCUCCACAUUGCUUCCAGCAGUGCUGCUCAUCUGGGAGUGCGUUUCGCACUCCCAACAACAGAACUCAAUCGACUGGUGUGGGGGGAAGGAGAGCACAACAAGCCUCCCCCACAUCCGCCCACCACCCCACCUGCCCGGUUGUGAGAACGACCUCAUCAAAUCCUAAAUUCCAAGACAACAACUCCUUUGCCACAGAGGGACAAUCUUUAAUCAAUUUCAUCCGGAGUUACUGUCAGGAUGACAUCUUCGUUUCCUCUCCGCACCACGAUGGCAAGCGUCUUGUUGUUCUGCACCAUGUCCAUCACAUCUUGGGUGGAAGUGACUGUUUUCCCGUUAAUCGCGAUGAUGACAUCACCGUCUCGCAGGCCAGCACUGCAGCCAGAGUCAGAGGUUUUAUAACCAGUCAGAUACACGGAGGCAUCUCACACUAGUAUUCUCAGGGCUCCCUCUAAUUUUUCUCAUCUAUGCGCGGAAUGAGUUUUGUUCUGGGCGGCAGUAUCAAGGCAGUGUGUGCGCACGUGCAUUCAGAGUGGGGCCUUCCCGAUUCAACCUAAGCAGGAUCUAAAAUUAACUCAGCAGUCAUUUAAAAAAAAACAACUUGUGCAUGCACACCCCUUAGUGGGAACACUGCUCUCCAACAUUACUACAAAAUGAUGAGGUAGGCCUAGCUGGAACACCACUACCACUCGCUCAAGGUUGGCUUCUGUUAAUGUCACACACUAGACCCGUUCACACAAUUAUUACUGGGCUGCGGAAGUUGCGUGUGCUUCCGUUUUAAGACUACGUGCUCGUCGUAAAAAGCUGUGCUGCUACUCAGUAAAAUGCAGUUCAGUACAUUUGCACCAGUUCAGUGGCAACUAUACUGGCAGCGUUGCUUGCUUGGAGAGCUGGGUGGAGGGCAGGAGAGAAGAGACUAAAACCAGAAUUCUUUAUCUGCCCCUUGGGCCUAAGAUAUUGCAGAGGUUAACUGCUCAAAGAUGGGGGCAGCACAGGAUUGUGGCAGCCAGAGUGUGCAGGAGAGGGAGGCACUACUAACCCCUGCUAACUGAGCAAAGACACACCUUUUAAAGUGGUGAUUCUCUUCUAUUUAGCAGGGGGAGAUCAACUGGCCCUAUCCAACCCCAGCACAGCAUCCCUCCAGUGGCUGUUGCUGGUAUCUGUCUUAUGUUUCUUUUUAGAUUAUGAGCCCUUUGUGGACAGGGGACCAUCUUAUUUCUGUAUUAUUUAUUUUCCUAUGUAAACCGCUUUGAGAAUUGUGUUGAAGAGCGGUAUAUAAAUAUUUGUAGUUAGUUAACCAUACCUAGAGAAGCUGGUGGAGGCCUCUCCUUUGAGGUCAUUCACACAAUCAAAAACUGCUCAACCUGGGUUUGGGAGCUAUGUGUGUUCCCAAUUUUCGUGUGGAAGCAAGGUUAGAGGAAAACCCGGGUUGAAGUGGCUGUGUGGGAGCAAGGUAGGAGGAAAACCUACCCAGAUUUUCCUCCUACCUUGCUUCCACACAACCGAAAAUUGGGAGCACACACAGCUUCUGGGUCAAACACAGUUUCCAAUUGUGCGCAUGAUCUCUUUAUUUGUAUCCUAUCCCAAGAGCAGGCAAAAGAAUACUUUGUGCAGCAUCCAACUUAAGGUAGUCAUGACUUCAAUAGUUCCUAGCCACGACUGGCUUGUCUGACGCUGCCCGCUGGCCUUACCUUUCAGCGGCUGUCCCCUGAAUCACUUCAUAGAUGUAGACGCCGGAACUCAGGUCUGGGAAGUUCCAAUCCCGCCGUCUCAGCUCACGGAUGAGACUGAGAGAAAGAGAGGUCGGUUAACGAGACAGUCUAGAAGGACAUACAGAAACCCAAGAGCCUGUUAAAAAAAACAGAGGUUGGGCAAGCAAGUGCAGGUGUCCACUGUGCUUAAAAGUUACGCUUGGUAACAGUCUCUCCACUGCAUAAAGGCACCCCCAGCUGCCGCCCAACAUGGCAGAAGAAACAGGAGGCUGCGAUGACCCACCCGCCCCGCGCCCCUUCCCAGAACAGGUAGCGGUGAAGGUUGUGUGCCCGCAUGGUAGCCUUUUGAACAUCCCUGAAAGCAGAAGACCAAAAUCCAUAGCCAAAACAUUUUGUACACUGCCUAGAAAUAUACAUAUCAGGUGGUAUAGAAAUAUGAUAAGUAAUAAAUAAAUAAAAUCCCUGGGCAGAGCAGGUAGGCUCUGUGGCCUGGAGCACCUGCCCUCCAACUCCCCCCACCCCUUAUUUGCUUUCAGGUCCCGUUCAGAGUGCUGGUCCUCCUCUUUCGCCCUCAACACGGCUCUGGACUUGGGCCAUCGCUUCCCACCUAGGAGCCCGCCCACAAUUUCAGUAUCGACUGGGGCUCAGCCUCUUGAGAUCGGGCAGGCAGGACACAGAGAGCAGGGUCUUCUUGGCCACUGCACCCAGCCCCCAACACACGCUCCCCGGGAGACCCGUUUGGCUCCCUCGUUCCUAGCCUCCCCGUGGCAUUAGGCUAGUUUCAUUUCCAGGAAGAGGGUGAGUUCCAAGUCUGUGUUCUUGCACUUCUAUCUUCUCUGCUAUUCGGUAAAACUGUUUGGUUCUGUAGGAUGGUUGCUUGUUGGGACUUUGGCUAGCUGCUUGGGCACUUUUUAGCAGAAGAGUGGAAUACAGACGUACGGACAGAUAGUGGCAUGAGGUGGGGUGGUGGUGGAGGGAGAUGCCCUAUAACAGACAGUCGGGUUAGGGAUGUGCAUGCACCUCGGUUCAGCACCGUGGGGAGGGGAGCACCGAGCGAGAUCUUUGAAAAAAGAGCGGCUCCUUACCUGCUCUCUGCUGCCACAUGCACCUUCCCGCUGCUUGUCCCAAGCACCUGCGUGUGGCACCAGCAUGCAAGUGGCACCCAUGCAGAAGCCAGGCGCAGGUACAUGGGACAAGAGCCCCAGGAAGCUGUAUGCAGUGGCAGCGAGCAGAUAGGGACCUGAUCUCCUGUAAAAAAAAGAAGAAGAAAAAAAGACCCUGCUCACCACUCUGCUCCCCACACAGCGCCUCGGCUCGUGCCUCGGUUCGAAAUGAGUGGGACCUCGGUUCGUGCAUAUCCCUAGGCCGCAUUCGAUUCACGAGGACACUUCUUCGGAGCCCAAGAUUCCCCACCUUCCCCAGUGAUCCAUGCGAUUGCCACAGGUCCCAACUUAAACUAGCCUUAAAGCUCGAAAUCCAAGUAAGCUAAUUUCCCAGUUGUUCCUUAAUGGCUCCUAUUAGCGGGGAAAUAAGGUCUGGGCCCUUUCAGUAGUUUCCUCUAUAGCAGGGGUAGGCAAGCUUGCUCUUCGGCUGUUGUUGAAUGACAACUCCCAUCAUCCCCAGCCACAAUAAACUGUGGCUAGGGGGCGAUGGGAGUUGUAGCUCAACAAGAGCCAGCAUAGCGGAGUGAUUAGAGUGUUGGACUAGGACCGGAAAGACCCGAGUUCGAAUCCCCAUUCAACCAUGAAACCCACUGGGUGACUCUGAGCUAGUCAUGUAUCUCUCCGCCUAACCUAUCUCACAGGGUUGUUGUGAGGAUAAAACCACUAUGUACUGGGCUCCUCAUAGGCAGAGCGGGAUAUAAAUGUAAAAAAUAAAUAUGUGUUUUAUGUAGUUUAA